CAACAAGACAGUUCAUUCAGAACAGUCACAGCACGCGGACGCAACAGCAACAGCAAAAGCAGGAGCAACAUUGAAACAACUUGACAAACUUGACAGCAACAACAUCAUCAUCAGCGGAGACAGAUACUAAGGGUCAAUUCGACCUCAAUUGGAGCACAACGCGUUUUGUUCGACUUGUUUACUUAGUUAGUGUUUUGUGUGUGCCUCGAGUGCGUGUGUCCUGUGUGUAUUAGACUCUUUGUGCGUGUGCCACAACAACACAAACAACAACAUCAACAAAGUACACACACUUAGUGGCAAGUGUGGCAUCUGCUUUUGUUUGCUGCUGCUCCUUCAAAAUGCAAUUGCCUUUGUCAUUGUCAACGUCCGGAAUUGGACACAGCAUGCUGAUGGUGCUGCUCGUGCUGCUCGUUGGACUGGCUGCCGCUGUGCCUGCCUCGGUGUUGGCCCAAAACACCGAGUUGUCCACCAAUGCGAACAACAAGCUGCAACAUCAGCAGCAACUCCAGCAGCAAAGGGAAUUGCCGGCAGUGAAACGUUCGGAGGAUGACACAGCGUCCAAUGCCGCCGCUGCUGCUGUACCAACAGCCGAUAAAAAGUCGAGUCCGGAAAUUGUGCCAGCUUCCUUCAGCAAUUCUCCACCUGCCCGCAGCACCUCGAUUGAGCAGCCACAGUCAGAGCAACAACAACAACAGAAGCAGCCACCGGCUGGCCUCUAUGCUCUGCCCAGCAAUGAUGAGAUCCUGGCUGCCGUUGCUGCCGCGGCUCAGAGCAGCCAACAGCAGUUGCAGAGCGAUCCCACGGCUCUCGAGGAGGCGGUGGCCAGCUCCACGAUGCGCAAACGUGGCAUCAACUACGAGUACAAUCCCUACAUGUCCGUGCCCAAUGUGCCCGACUAUGGCAGCGAUGUGCCCAAUGGCAUUUGGACCGAUGACUACGAGCCUGCUGCUCCCCUGAACUACAACAACUAUAACAAUGAACGUGAGCUGCAGGAACUGGAUGACUAUGUGCCAGAGCGACAUGUGAAUGGCGGCAAUGCUGGUCGCAACAAGGCUUAUGAUAACCUCCAGAAUCUGCUCAAUGCCGAGGCUUACUUGGAGAGCAUUCCCCUCUCGGUGCCCCUCACCUAUGCCAAUCGUAACUACAACCUGGAUGAGCGCAACAAACGUGGCAUCUACUACAACCUGGCCAACAAUGGCGCCAACAGUGCUCCCGCUGAGAAUCUCAAUCUGAACAAGUACCGACGAUAUGGCGAUAUGCGGCUAAAACGCGACACCACCAAACUGACUCCCGCUGAUAUGUUGGCUCUCGUUGCCCUGGUCGAGGCGGGCGAGCGUGCACGCAAGGAAACCGAUGUGGAUAGCGGUGUCUCGGUGCCUUUGGUCGAUGCUGAGGAGUUGGACUAUGUGCCAGCGGGCAGCUGGUUGGAUGCACCGCUAGCUUCGCAGCAACAACAACAACAACCUGCAUUGGUGGACUACUAUGGUCUUCCAGUUGAGGCUCAGGUGGUGCCCAAGUACGAGUAUGUGCCACGCCCACAGAAGUACGUUGGCAGCAAUAGCCGUUUUGGCUCAUCAAAGCGCUUCAUGGUCGCCAAGAAGAAGCGUUCGGUGAACCAGAGUCAGUUCAUGAGCGAACCAGUUGGUGAACGGGGUCCCAACUAUUAUGGCGAGAAGUUCUACUAAGCCAUCAAGAAUGCUUUAGUUAAACGGACAAGAUGAGAACGAGAACGAGAAUGAGAUUGAGAACUAGAACGAGCGAGGGAGAGAGAAUAGAAAAGCUUUCAAGCUGAGCUUUCCACUUUUAUUGAUAACCAAACAUCAUAUAAAACUAAAAAUAAUAAUAAUAAAUUUAAUAAUGCAAGAAUAAGAAUAAGAAGAAAAAAUCCCCAAUCAUUUACCUUUGCUCUAGUUUGCAGAAGAUCAAAAUUAUCAAAAUCGAAAAUGCAAAAGAUUUCAAUAUAUUAUAUAUUUAAAAGAUGAUCAACUGUGUCAAAGUCAUGUGCAAUUUUUGUGUAGUGUUUGAAUUUUCGAAACAAAAUACAAAUAUAUAUAAAUUAACGCGGUAUUGUUAUCCAUACAUAUAUAUAUAUACAUAUAUAUAUAUAUAUAUCUAUUGCAUAAAUAAACUAAAUACAUACUAAAUACGUACUCGUAUAUGAAUUAUUGUACGUCAAGAACAUAAUCAAAAUCAAUGUUUUUAAAAAACACUUAACAACACAACAGGGUUGACAAAUUUUGUCUAAUGCGAACUUACCUACAUACAUAUGCCUAACCUAACCUAACCUAACCUAACUUAACUUAACGUUAAAACCUAACCUCACUUAAUCAAUGUCAAUGUCUAUGUCCAAUUGUACAAUUAACGAAACGAGAACCGUCAACACUAUCACUAUAUAAUUGUGUAAUAUCAAAUCGAAAAGAGAAAAAAAACAAAACUAGAGGCUUCCCAAGUAGUACAAACAAAAAACAAAAUAAUAAUGAAAGAAGAAUAAAA